AUGGCUCCUGUCGAGGCUACCUCCAACCAAACAGUGCAGCCAACUCAACAUCACGGUGCCGCUCCAAGUGGUCCUACUGCUGCUAAUCUCCCCAAUCCAAACGGAAGGCAGCAAUCAGCACCAUCAUCUUCUUCUUCAGCAGCAGCAGCAUCUUCAUCCUCACAACCAAAUGGAACUACCAAUGAUACAACAUCGAAUACUAGUACCCCUGUAAGACCAGCUGCUGUUACUACCUCUGCUUCAACUGCAACUGGCACUCAACAGCAACAGCAACAGUGGAAGGGAAAGAAGCAGCCCAAGAAACUGGCUCCUGAAGAGAUUCUGGGAAUGCUCCAGUCAAAGAUUGGUUUAUUGGGUGCUGAAGCUGCUCUAGAGCAGGAAGAUGAAAAGGAAAUGGCAAAAGCAAUCAAAACUGCUUCAAAGGAAAUUCACCAGCUGAUUACGGAUAGUGGCGCUGGUGCUGAUGCGAUACAUCAAAAGUACAUGGACCUGUUUCAAGAUUACAAGAGACUGGAACGAGAUCAAGCUAAACUGAAGCGUAAAUAUGAACAGGCCAACAAGGACAAGGAUUCAGGCAAAUCGGAUCUGAAUAAAGUCACUGGCCAGAAACAAAAGAUUGAAGCAUUAUGUCGUCAAUUACAGCAAGAGAACAAGCGGAUCAAGGCAAGAUAUUAUAUAGAGGAAAGCAAACGACUAUCACUGACAGAACAAACGAAGCGAGAAGAGUUAUCCUCGAAAUUCGAGAGCACCAUAUGGGAAAUCAAAUCGAAAAUGGAAGAAGAUAAUGAAGAGAAGAGGAGGCGUUAUGAGGAUACUGAAUUACUCAAGGAAAAGUUCUCAACAUUUUUGGAACAAUACGAGUUACGAGAACGUCAUUUCCAUGCAGUGCUGAAGCAACAUCAACUGGAAGCACAGUUAGCUGAAGUCAAGAUGGAGCAACAACGGCAUAUCAUACAGCAAGAAGAGAUGAAGGUUGAAGCAAUGAAGGCCCAAAUGUCUUCAUUUGUCAAGACUGAAGCAGAGCUGAGGCAGCAGCUCACCACGUACGUUGACAAGUUCAAACAAGUGGAGGAUACGUUGGCGAAAUCCAACGAGUUGUUUGCCAAAUUUAGGAAUGAGAUGCAGCAGAUGACUAAAAAGACGCAAAAGCUGGAAAAGGAAUAUGCCACAGUUCAAGCCAAGUGUGAUCGAAGUAGUCGUAACUUGAUUGAAAUGGCUGAGACCAUCCAGCGGUCUUCAAAGACUCUGGAAACAACAGUGGCUUCCAAAAACAAGUUGGAGAAUCUAUGUCGUGCUUUGCAGGUGGAGAGGAAUAAUCUGAGAACCAGAUUAGCCAAAUAUGAGAAUCCUGAUGAAGGAAUGGAGAAUGGUCCACAAGACUCAGAACUGGAAUCUGAAAUCUUGGCCAGUCCACUGACGGAUCAACAACAACUACCUAAUAAUAAUAGUAAUAACAACACCACCAGCAACCCCUCAUCCUCAUCAUCACCUCUGAAAACGACGCCAUCGGGCGGAGAUGAGGAGAGAGAAAAGUAG